AUGAAGACGGGGCAUAGAAUCAAGGAGUGUCCCGUUUUAAAUCAAUCAGGAAAUGCUAAAGGUAAUCAGCGACCUGGUGAGGUGUUGCUGCUGAAAGCGGCUGGUGAAUCGAGCUCGGGUCGUAACCAAAAAGGAGUAUCGAAAGCGCCUGGGAGAGCAUUUGCCCUUAAGUCUGAGCCAUCUGAGGAGCCAGAGAUUAUAGAGCAGAAAGAGGAAAAGUUGUAUGCCAAGCUUAGUAAAUGUGAUUUCUGGUUAGAGGAGGUGAAGUUUCUCGGACAUGUGGUGUCUAAGGAAGGCAUCUCUGUAGAUCCGGACAAGAUUAAGGCAGUAGAAGAAUGGCCAGCACCGAAGAAUGUGUCCGAAGUUCGGAGUUUUCUGGGUUUAGCAGGUUAUUAUCGGCGAUUUGUGAAGAAUUUCUCUAAAAUAGCAUUACCCAUCACAAGUUUAAUCAGGAAAAACUCCCGUUUCCAAUGGAAUGAAAAAUGUGAAGCCGCCUUCUUAGAGUUAAAGCGGAGGUUAACCAGUGCUCCUAUUCUGACCCUUCCCUCCGGAACUGAGGGGUUUGAAAUUUAUAGUGAUGCUUCUCAGGAAGGUUUGGGAUGUGUGUUGAUGCAGCAGGAAAAGUGA